GUUUUUUCUUUCCUUCUGUCUUUGCUCUUGAUUGUACAGGAGGAGAUCAAAUUCAAUUUUGCUGCUGCUGCUGCUCCUGCUCUGGUCUAUAUCGUUAUUACAAUAAUUAGUGAAGAGGGAGGAAAACUUUCCCACUAUGGAAGAUUCUUCUCAGCAAAACCAAAUUGACGAAGGAUAUGCCUCCUCUAUCAGCACUGAUUACUCAGAGGAAGCCUCAUCUGAAAGUGAUUAUUCCGAAAGUGAUGAUGCUGAAUGUGAUUAUGCCGAAAGUGAUGAUGCAGAAAGUGAUGCCGAAUUUGACGAGAAAUGGGACGGAAAAAUUAAUGGCGUUUAUGUAGGUCCCUAUGCAUGUUUAAAUAACUACAAACCUCAAAUUGAACAUAGAGAGUUGUUCUUUAAAGCCAUAACUAAUGCUGACGAAUGGGAGGAUGAAACUGAAGAUGAUACAGAAGAUAGAACACAAGAGUCAACCAGUUCAGGAAGUGGAGGAAAGAUGAUGCUGAACAAUUUCCUGUCAAGCAAGCCCACUUGGGAUAUCUGGAAGAAGUCUUGGGCAGAGGAAGACUAUGCAACAGAAUCUGCUGCUUGUGUCAAUGUGUACAGUUAUUAUAAGAAGCACACAGAUUGCGGAGGAUAUGCAGUUAUUUUACGCAAUAGUUCUGCGCAGCCAAUAGCUGCUAGAGCCAACUUCUCACUGGAUGGAAAAUCUUAUCUUUUUCAAGUGUUGAGUGGAUUACUGACUGGUCUCCGUCUUGCUACAGGCCAGGGCUGUUAUAGCCCUUAUGUUCGGUGCAAUUCCAGAAUCGCUGUUACGCUUCUCUGUCAAAUCGCCUCUCGUAGUUGCAAAUGCGAAGGCAGCAAGAUAGGUAAGAUCUGUCACAGAUGUGCAAGCUCCAUUGUCCCUUACAUGAGUGAUGAUUGCUUUCAAACUUUGGUGCCUCUCAUUAAACAACUCCAAGACAAAUACAAAUACCUAGGACCCACAAAUUUUGCAUGCGUGUCAAGGAAGAUGAAUGCGGCCGCUCAUUAUUUGGCAAAAGAAGCAAAAAAGGAUGCGUUGUCGAAUAAGAAAUUGCUGGUGGAUUGUGAAAACGGAAAACUGGUGGAUUACGAGGCUGAUAUGAAACCAAAUGAGUUUCCAGAAAAAUUAGUAUCCUUUCUAUUGAAUGAUGCAUAUGAUUCGAUUUACUACAACUUGGACGCAAGGGGUAGGCUCGUGGAGUCUGUAAAUCCAUGCGAUUGAUUUAUGGUGUGGCUAAAAUGUCAACAGAGAAAGGAGCUAGGCCUGCUCUGGCUUGACUUUGUCAACUUUUAAACUUUUUCCUUGUGGUUGAACUCGUAUAGUAUUUGUG